GGUACCACCACGUUUACGGGAUGAACCGGCCCAGACGGUAAAUAAAAAUUUUACCCUCUUCUUGACAUUCUCAGAGUCAGAGUGUCUGAUUAUUUUUUUUCUUCAAAACUCAGUAUUAUAGGAGAUUCUUCAACUAUAUUUGGGUAGGCAUUUUUAAAACAUGGGAUUAUUGAGAUUUAAGUAGUUAACAUUAAUAAGUGGUCAAAGUAGAAAGUAGAAUGACUAAGAUUUUACUAAGACAAAGAAUGAUUUUACUAAAAAAGUACUUAAGUUUUAGGCUUUAGGGCAUUAUCAUUAGGGCCAUGGGCAUGGAUCACUUAAAAAUAUGUUAUCAAAUUUAUAAAAUUGAUUAUAUGCAUUUUUUUUUCGCCCACUCCUAUUUUUUCCUCCCCUUUUUAGGUAGGAUCUGUAUAUAGUAUAUAUAUAUAUAUAUUAUGAAUUAUGUCUAUGUAAAUUUAAUUUAUUUUUAUUAUGCUUGACUUAUUUGUCUUUUUGUUAUUGUUGUACUGAUGAAGGCAUUUGCCGAAACGUAUACUUUUGUAUUCUGUAAAAUUAUUAUUAAAACUUACCUUAUAUUGUAAUAUUGACACAAAUUGUUUGUGUCUAUUUAAUCUAUUUUAAAGCUUUAUCAUUAUCGCAGUCCAAAACUUUUUAUAAUUAGUUGAUAUACCACACCAGUGGUUCUCAAUCCUCCAAAUGAUGCGACCCUUAAAUACAGAUCCUCAUGUUGUGGUGACCUCCAAACCAUAAAAUUAUUAAAAGAUUUGGUAGAUGAACAGUAUCUUGUUUAAAAAAAAUGGUUGCAGCUACAUAUUAAAAAAAAAAGAAAUUCAUUACAUAGGUCAUCAUAAGUCAUAAGUCAAGUGGUUAUUGUUUAAAUCAUAUUUAAAGGAAAAAAGCGGACGUUAUUUAUUUAAAGAGUUACAUGCUCUUUGUGAACAAUUAAGUGGGAUAUCUGUGUCAGUGCAGUGGACUCUUAACUUGGAUUCACCACUGAGAUAUUAGUGGAUUCAACAAAUCAGCAGUGUCGACAUACCUUAAUUUAAGGCCUAACGACUUAAUAAUGAACAUAAAAACAAAGCAUAGAAAUUAAUUGAUUACCCUCAAAGACAGUAUCCAAAUACUCUGGUAUAAAAAAAAAGCCCCAACUUUGAAGUCAUCCUAUCAAAAUGAAACAUUUUUACAAAAUGUAAAGUGAACAGUUUUCAAAGAAAUGCUUUUUGUUCCAUAAUGAGGGGUUUACUCAUUUAUGUUUUACUUAUGUUUAUAUAUGCAUUCUCCAUAUUUAUAGAUUUGAUAGAUUUUGAAUUUAAGUAGUCUAUGAUAUUCUAUUAUUUUCUUCUUUUAAAAUCGAGGGGUUAAUGUCGUAGUAAACUGUUACGUACUGUUAUCUUGUUUUACAAAUUUAAUCUGUUUUAAGAUUUGGCUAGUUCGAUAAACAAUACGUAACAAAAGGCUGAAAAACAGUAUUCAAAGAAAAACAAUACCAUAGCUAGUGAUAUUAAUAUUAACAAUAAUCAAUUUAAUCAUACUAUUAAAUCAAAUACCGGGUAUACAGAAAUAAAAACUAUGUUAACUUAAAGCACAGCAAGUGAAAAAGUAGUAUGCUAGAAAUGUAAAAAAUAUUGAUCCACACACACACACAGGAAAAAGUUGUUAAAAAAAUAUUGCUAAUCUGCUGGUCACAGUUUACCAUCUUAUUUAUAGUGAGAGAGUCAGAAUCCUCCAGAACAGGAAGUCUACAAAUUUAAUUGUCAAAGAGUAUUUUCUUCCUCUACCUAGACCUUCUGGAAAUUGUAACUGUGACCAAACUUUCCCAAGGGCGGUGGGGGAAGGGAGUGGUAGUAAAUGUCACCAACUUAAUUGGUGAUGUCAAUAACAAAAAAAAAAGAAGGUAAGGGAUGCAUUUCAGGCUCCACACCACAUAGGGUGAAAAAAAACACAGGCAAUAACAAAAAAAUUAUAUAUUUUGAAGUAAUAGCUCAAAAAGUCAGCUUAUUAUCUGAGGAUUGAUUUAUUGAUUGAUUUUGAUAUUUAUAUCGCGCUGGUAUCCAUGCCAUGUUAGCAUGCUCACUGCGCUCUAAUUUUCCUAAAUCUCUUUAAACAAAAAUUUUUUAAAUGUUUCUUAAAUGAUUUUUUAUCAUUUUCAAUUCCCCUCAAAGAUUGAGGCAAACUGUUCCAUAAUUUUGGCGCUAUCGCUUCAAAAGAGCGCACUUUGUAAGACUUUUUUUCUGUGUUCAUCCACACUAGGAACUCUCAGUGAGUCUGCUAUGCCAGCUUGUACAAUCCACAGCAAGUUUUUCCCUCGAAUCAAGGUUAAUGUCCAUGGAUUAGAGUGAAGCAUUUAGACAGUUCUUCAGCAUCUUUCUGCUCACCAUCUGAGCAUUUCCCUUCGGAGAGUUCACAGAGUAUUAGUUGUUAAGAAGUCUGCUUUCUGGGAUUCUUGCAACAUGUCCUGGCCAUUUGGCUUGUCUUUUUUGUAGGAGUGUGUGGAUGCUGAUAAAGUCAGCCCAUUGUAGACCUUUGUCAGGUUCUUUGUCCUGCCAACUUAUGCCAAGAAGUUUACUUGGUGUAGAUGGUUUAGCUGUCCAGUAUGUCUGCUAUGUGGGUGACUGGAUGGCCGAAUGGUCAAAACUGAGCAAACCUCAAGUUGGUGGUCUGGAGUGCAAUCCCAGCAAAAGGCCAGUCAAUCAAAAAAAAUCACAUGGAUGAGACUAGUUAACCUUGGUGGCAACUCAUCUAAGAGAAGAAUUCAAACCCGGAGUUGGAGUCCCGUAAGGUGCAUACAAAGACAAUUCCUGCAACCAUACCCAUCCCUGGUCGUCUUGACGUAGAGUCUUGCCACUGGAUAUGGUGGGCCCGGACGAGAGAGUGAGGUUGACGCUGCUGAACUCUUCCUCAUUUUAAACAAAAGUCACCCGCGCAAGUCAUCAGUCACUGGAUGACUCGAUGGUCAUCGUCGAUCUUCGACAGACGAACAAUAAAUGUCUGCUUUACACUGUCCACAUCUUGCUAGCAGGGCCGGCCGGACGGUUGCUGGCGCCCUGUGAAAGCUUAACUUGGUACCCCUUUUUAGUAUAAUCAUUAACGGAAAAACUAGUUAUUCGGUAAUGAGUUUAUUACCUAUGUUGUUUUUUUUUAAAAAUCAAACACUGUUGACUUGUGUCAGAAUAUCUUUUUUUAUUGCACUUUCUAUUUUUCUUCCAUGCAAUGCUGUUUCCUAUUUUGGAGAUUGUUGAUGGCGCCCUAAGCAAACGCAGUGUACAAAAAGUUAGAAUAUCGUUUCUCGACCCUGGACCCGAGGUUCACACUUCACUAUAAUAAACUUAUGGAAUUUAAAUAUUUGCUCCAGGCGCUCCUUUGGCCACGGCGCCCUGUGCAAGGGCACCGGUCGCACACCCUAAAAGUAAAGGCCGGCCCUGUUGCUAGCUUAUAGGAGAGAUGUUAAUAUGAUUACCUUGUAUAUUUUCAGCUUAGUGACAAGAUCUCUUUGCUCCCAAUCACUCUUGCUGAGCCUUUCAAAUGCAACAUUUGCUUUGGAAAUUCAGUUGUUGAUCUCAUCAUCGAUUGUUACUGACCUCGAGAUUGUGCUGCCCAAAUAUUUGAAUUUUUCCACUGCUGAGAGAUUCUAUCCAUUCACUGAUAUUUUAGGUUCUUUGUAAUGCUUUCCUGGAGAAGGCUGGAGAAAGAUCUUUAACUUUCGUAAUGGCUUGCAGUCUUCUAAGAUUAAAUAGCCCUCCACGUGGUCCUGUAUCUUAUAGGAAUGCCGUCAUUAUUGUCAAGAAAAGCUUCAGUCAGCAUUGCCGAGAAUACCAUGCUAAAAAAUGUUGGCAAGUCUUGUUGAUCUUGUCGAUUUUGCUGAAAGGUGUUGGGGGAAGGGGGGGUCAACAGUUUUUAAUGUAGAUUUAUUUUAUAUGAUGUUAUAACAAUAUUGAGUAUUGAGCAAUUUUAUGUUUGUCAUGCUGUUGCUUUUUAUGUGAUAUUGCCUUUGGAUGUUACUAUGCAUAUUUCAUAAUUAAUUAUAUUUUUCUCUGCUAUGCCGGUUAUUCCAAAAAAUUUUCUUUUCUCAGCGCCAUUGCUGAAUAUAGAUUUUUUCCCAGGGACCCUAUGUUACGGUGGGGGGGGGGGGUUUGGCAUAUGUUGUGAUGUCUUUGUGGAUGACCCCUAAUGAGAGUACAAAUGGAAAAUAGAUGCAGUACUAUGAAUUUAUUUAAACUUCAAUAAGACACAAAUUUAAAAAAAACAUUAUUUUAUUUUAGUUUUAGUGUUUCAGUCAGCUACCCCACGGAAAUCCCUCGGCAGCCUUAUGGGUGGGGAAACAGUGGUCUAAUGUUUUUUUUUUAAAUCAUCAUAUUAGUAUUAUUUUGGACUUAACCAAAGGAUCAUACUUUUGAUUUUGUUUUGCAGUUACCACAUAUAAAAGAAAAUGAGUAAGAUUUUGCUACCAGCUUGGAAGCAGCUUUCUUCGGCUUUGAACACCAUGAAUUCUUUGCAACGAGCUCUACCUUAUUUAGACUCUCAACCAUCAAGAUUGGCUUCUAAAAAGGCAGGUGGUACUGUCCGCAACAAAAUAGGAAGAACAAUAAGAAAACACAGAGGAAUAAAGGCUCAUGAUGGUACCUUUGUGCAUCAAGACCAAGUGCUCGCCACUCAAUAUGGAAUACGUUUUUAUCCCGGUGAAAAUGUCUGGAUGGAGGGAAACUGGACUUUAAAAGCUGCUUAUGAUGGCAUUGUGGUUAUUUCAACAGAAAGUCUAAAUCCUUAUCCAGAUAGCCCAUUAUACUUACCAGUCCAAAAGGGUGCAAUUAUACAAAAAAAAUUCUUCAAUAUUAUACCCACUCCACUGCAUGGCAAAUUCAAACUUAUUUCAGAAACUUAAGUGAAAUAAAUCAAUUUCUAUACAAGCACUAUCUUGACUUUAUAAUUACACUGUUUUAUUUAGCUUUUGAUUUUAUUUGUCUUGGUCAAGGUAAAAUCUCACAACUCAAUUUUGAUCCAGUUCAUGAUCAGAUCUCCAACUGAGCUGAAACUUUGUACACUUACUCAUCCCUAUGACAAUACAACUCUUCUUAAUCAGUAGGUCACUGGUGACCGGAACAGAAAAUGAUGGGGACAUCAGGUUUCCUUACACUGUUUCCUUAUGCAUUGCUAAUUUUUCUGUUCCCGACAACAAUUAACAAUGACAAGAAAGUUUUUACUUUUACCACAGAAAGGUCACCACCCAUCUUUCACAUUUUUGUAUUUCGUGGGUUCUCCAUGCUUUUUUUAUUUUUUUAGUCAUAUAUUUCAAACCACUUCCUGAUCUCCUAUUACAUCUUCCAAGACUAAAAAGUACACAAGAAAUCAAUAUAAA